GCAUAAAGCCUAAGUAGCAUUUAAUCAAAAAUACCUACGGUGCCCUGAUGACACCUACCCUACAUGCCUGUGGCUUACGGCGACGAGCCGAUACGAUGUGGAAUAGGUAGUAGAAAUACCUUGCAGGAGACACACGGCACAUUUGCGACAUAGCUAUUUGAUUCGUAACUAGUUUGCCUAACAAACCUUCCACAGGAGGGUGUACGGCCAAUCAUCCCACCAAAGCCGCAUAGUUAUGUCUUAGCAGAGGACCAUGCAUACAUGGUACCGUACCUUAGUGUGUGCGCCAUCUUUUGGGCACAUCAGGCAUUCACAAAUAGGCGCCAGCAGCAGGUGGUGUUACUUCGGAGGGCCUGUUCAUGUUGCCGAAAAAGAAACGUAGGUUGGGAAGCCCAUACUGUCGGAGUAACGUAAUCUUCCAUAGAAAUUGCAGUGUUACAAGGGAGUGCGCUGUUUGGUAUUCCAGACACUACGCUAUGAUCAUGACCUUUGCUGAGCCAGGUUGGGUCCAAGCACUACUCUCUAUCACUUACACCUUUAUCCCGCCCACUGUAUCCCCCACGUCGUUUUGUUUCCACUUCCUAGUGAUUUUCGUACAGCAUUUCAUCGAGGGCUCGCGAUAAGUUGUUGGCUUCCAGCUAUUCUUCAACGCCAAGGCGCGAUGACGGUGUCACAAGCCGAAAAUGAGGUGCUGCCUCCUUCGAGUCUCGAGAAGGGCUCGAUAUCAGCAGGUGUAGAAUGCACGGAUUCAGAUACAAUACCGGCAGACAAAAGCGUCUGGACGGCGGUCGACGACCCCGAACGCCCUUUGUAUUGGCCUCGGCUCAGAAAAUGGACAGCGACAAUGAUCAUGUCUGCCUUUUCGUUCCUGCAGCCGUUAUCAGAAACGAUGCUCGCGCCAGCUGAGAAAACGAUCUCGGACGAGCUACACAUCAAACAGGAGUACCAGUGGUAUCUGGUGAACUCGUUGAUUCUAGUCGGGGUCGGAUUGUCACCGUUGCUGCUAGCACCACUAUCCGAAGUGUACGGCCGUAAGCCUGUCCUUAUUGUAGCUAGCACGAUCUUCGUCAUUUGGAACGUGGCAUGCGGAGCGUCUUCUACUCUCGGCCAAAUAUUGGCUUUCCGACUUUUAUCCGGGUUUGGCGCCAGCGUUGCAGACGCACUUGCUGGCGGACUUAUGAGCGACCUUUGGAGUCCAGAGGAGAGAGGGAAGGCAUUCGCGUUCUAUAUGGCCGCACCCCUUUUAGGGCCAGCUCUAGGUCCCAUCUUAGGAGCAUUUAUCUCUGAGGGCACAAAUUGGCGAUGGAUCUUCUAUGUUACGUCUAUCGCGUCAGGAGCAGUGAUAAUUCUUGCGAUUACCUGCCUCCACGAGACCUACGAACCUAGACUGGAGCAACGACGAAGGCGGGCAGCUGAUAAAAGCUCGUUGAAACCAACGAUCUCAUCCCAGAGCACGAAAGCCUUUCUUGAGCUUAUGAGGGAGAACUUGCAACGACCCUUUCGUAUGCUGGGUACGCAGAUUAUCAUCCAGCUCCUCGCUACCUACAUGGCCCUGCUAUACGGAACUAUGUUUCUGUUUCUGUUCGUGUACCCCCUUCUUUGGACCGAGCAGUACGGCGAGAGUGUCAGCAUUGGGAGCUUGAACUACAUAUCAUUUGCUUUAGGGCUGAUCCUUGGUGUGAACAUCGCCGGUCACCUUAACGAUUACAUAUACCUUAAGCUCAAGGCGCGCAAUAAUGGAAUCGGCCGUCCCGAGUUCCGUGUUCCUCCAAUGAUUAUUGGAACUGCACUCGUACCAAUAGGCCUGUUAUGGUGGGGAUGGACUGGGCAAGCAAAGUUGCACUGGAUAUUGCCAAAUAUUGGGAGUCUUAUACUGGGUACGGGCGUAUAUUGUUGCUCCGGAUGUGUGUCAGUCUAUACCAUCGACGCAUACAGCCGGUAUGCGGCAUCGGCUGUUUCUACCAACCUGGUAGCACGAAGCCUAACAGCUGCCUUCUUCCCGCUGUUCGCGCCAUACCUGUUCGAUGCUUUGGGUUUUGGCCUCGGCAGUACGGUUCUCGCUGGAGCGUUCGCGGUCCUCGGAUCCGUUGUUGUAUUCAUCUUAUGGUUCUUUGGAGAAAACCUCCGCGCUCGCAGUCCUUAUUGCGCGGCCACUGGUAAUUGAGGCUGGCCGCAAUUGGGGAGCCAACGUUCUAUAUUACAUUGACCCUUUCGACAACGAAAAAGUGCUAUUAGAGUAACUCGCUCGACCACC